UGAGGGUUCAAAAGUCUUUUAAAUAUGGUUUACGUAUUCAGCGAUCUAUUGUGACUAUACGGCUUCGGCUCGAGCAAUACGUCCUAUUGAAGAGUAUAUUUUGGAAAAUGUACUGCCGUUGUACGGUAACACACAUAGCUCUGUGACAGUGUCGUCAGAGCAAACGACUUUAUUCGUGGUUAUCUCCUCUAUUCAUGAACACCAUUCUAAUUUGUUGCCAUGGCGUUUUAUUUCUGAGGCUUCAUAUCUUGUUCGUGAAUCUUGUGAUGGAGGGAUUGAUGUUGACGAUCUUGUCCGUGUUAUUAACGAGGCCCGUAUGGCACACCCGCAUUCUCAGUUGUUGGCAGCAUUCACAGCUUGCUCGAAUAUUACUGGAGUUUGUAUGAAUGUACCUCAGAUUACCGCCAUACUCAAAAGGUACAAUACGCUAAGUGUCUGGGAUUACGCAUCGAGUGCACCAUACGUGAAGAUCGAAGUGAAUGGCGUCCACCCUAUUGACGCUGUUUUUUUCUCAGGACAUAAGUUCAUCGGUGUGCUAGUCGUUAAAAAAUCAUUAAUCGAAGCGAAAGCACCCAAACGAAUCGGUGGAGGGACUGUGUUUUUCGUAUCCCAAAAAGGCGAAUGGUAUUUAAAGGAUGCUGAGAAUCGUGAAGAAGGCGGCACACCAGAUAGUGUUGGCAUUAUUCGUCUGGCAUUGGCAGUGAAAUUGAAGAGAGCUGUAGGAGAGCAUGCGAUAGCAGCUCAAGAGGUGCAGAAAACUGCGUAUGUUUUUGGAGAGUCUCUAAUUUUGUGCAUACAGUUUUAUUUUUAA